AUGGACACUGAACCAGUAAUACCCCUGCCGACUUCUUUGUCGCAGGUUCCAGACAAACCGAAAAAGAACAAGAAACAGCCGUGGAAAAAACUGUUGUGGUACAAACAGGAUUAUGAGGAUAACUACACGGACUCGUCGUUUCUGUCGCAGCUUAAGCGCAACUCCACCGUGGUGAACUACUCCUAUUGGAAGCUGUUUUCCGACUUCACACUGAUCGUGUUGCACUUGUCGGUGAUCAUGUCGGUGAUUCUUGUGUUUUACGGGAUCUACAAGCUCAAUUGGAACCCAAUAGUGCCGACCUUGGUCAGCUCUAUGCUUACAGCGCUGGGCUUCAUAAUAUAUGUCAUUACACUUAAAAUCAGAAGAAACAGAGAACUCAUCAAUCUUCAAAAACUCAAGAUCGAGCAGCUUAUUAGACCGUCCAGAAUCCCCCGGUUCAACAUCUCGCGGUCGCGGCCAACCUCCAGAUCCAGUUCUCCGUUCCAGCAGUCGAUCGACGCAAUCACCACCAGAGACGGGACUCUGGACCUUGAAAAGUUGCUGGUCGAACCCAACCCGCCAGACCUGUUCGACACCCUCAAGUCGGCCAUUUUGAUCCUCCUCACAUUGCUGACGUUCUCGCCCGUUCUGAAGUCGCUUACCAAUUCCACCGCGUCGGACUCCAUUUGGGCUCUUUCCACAUGGCUCUGUCUCCUUAAUGUUCUCUUCAACGACUAUGCCAUCGAUUUCUCGAACGCCAAUAGGCAGCAUACAGACUCCAACCCAGACCUGCAAAUCCCCAACUCCAAUCUCUCCAAGAACAUCUCGCUAUCGAACGCCAUUGUGCUGGCCUCCAGAUUGAACUCGAACCUAAGUGCAUUCUGCUUCAUUGUGUUCUCAAUCGAGGUGUCUGGCCUGUUACCUGUGUUCAACAACUUCACGCGCCACUGUCAGUUCUGGGCGUUCCAUUGGUUCCAAGUGUUCGCCAUCACCACCGCUGUGGACUACGCCAUAUUUAAGAUAUUCGGGCUAGGCUGGUUUCUGACAUGGAUCAGUAUACAUUUCCUGAUCGUGGUGGUAGGCCCUUGGUACUUCAUCGUGCUACAGAAGUACAAGGACGAGCUCCAAGGACCCUGGGACCCAGCUAAACCAAUCUUCAAGUCCAUUUAA